AUGUCUUUCCGUGGUCGUGGUAACGCUUCUGGUGCCAACCGGGGAGGUUUCGGUGGUGGCCGUGGUGGUCGCGGAGGCUUCCAGCAGUCAUUCGGCCCCCCAGCCCAGGUUCUGGAGUUGGGUUCCGUGAUGCACUCUUGCGAGGGUGAGAUGGUCUGCGAAUCGGUCAACCCCAAGAUUCCUUACUUCAACGCUCCUAUCUACUUGGAGAACAAGACUCAAAUCGGCAAGGUCGACGAGAUUCUCGGUCCCAUUAACCAGGUCUACUUCACCGUCAAGCCCCAAGACGGUAUUGUCGCCACUUCCUUCAAGGCUGGUGACAAGGUCUACAUUGGUGGAGAUAAGCUGCUCCCUCUUGAGAAGUUCCUCCCCAAGCCCAAGCCUCCUCCAGGAGCUGCUAAGCCCAAGCGCGCCGGUGGUGGUGCUCCCCGUGGCCGUGGUGGAUUUGGUGCUCCCCGUGGCCGCGGUGGGUUCGGUGCCCGUGGCGGUGCUCCCCGUGGCCGUGGUGGCUUCGGUGGUGGUCGUGGUGGUGGUCGCGGUGGUGGUUUCGGCGGUAGCGGUGGCUUCUCUCGUGGAGGUGGUCGCGGUGCCCCCCGUGGUGGUGGUGGCUUCCGCGGUCGCGGCUAUUGA